AAUGCAAAUUCCUUUGCCUCAGCCAUCUUCGCCCAUCAGUGUUUUUCAGUUGAAAAUAUUGUGAGAAAUCUGCUGUGGAUUCUGGCAGUCUUUUGCCGCCAAAAUGCCGGUCCAAAAUGACACGGCCGAGCCUAAUAAAGGUUUAACUGGUGUCGUCUGUAGUUUAUGUGAAGAUGGCUUCGCCGCUGAGGAGAGAAUGGUCAAUUCAAACGGCCAAAUUCUCCAUGAAAGGUGUUUUAUCUGUGUCCAAUGUUUCCAAACAUUUCCUGACGGAUUGUUCUAUGAGUUUGAUGGCCGUAGAUACUGUGAGCAUGAUUUUCAAGCACUGUUUGCUCCUUGUUGCAAAGAAUGUGGUGAAUUUAUCAUUGGUCGUGUGAUUCGUGCAAUGCAAGCCAGCUGGCAUCCUGAAUGUUUCCGUUGUGAAAUAUGUAAUGAUGGUCUUGCUGAAAGUGGCUUCAUUAAGAAUGCUGGACGGGCCCUGUGUAAGAAAUGCAACGCAGACGAGAAGACCAAACGCACUGGACGAUACGUGUGUAGAAAAUGCCACACAUACAUACCUGAAGGAGAGCAUAUCAUGUAUAUGGGCGAACCAGUGCACCCGUGGCAUUACAAUUGCUAUUCCUGUGGCAAGGAGCUGGAUCAUCUGUGCCGUAAGCGGUUCAAUGAGUUGUAUUGCUUGAGAUGUCAUGACCUCAUGGGGACCCCAAUUUGUGGAGCUUGCAGGCGUCCAAUUGAAGAACGGGUUGUGAAUGCGCUUGGCAAACAAUGGCAUGUUGAGCAUUUUGUGUGUGCCAAGUGUGAGAAACCUUUCUAUGGGCAUCUUCACUACGAGAAGAAUGGGCUGCCAUAUUGUGAGAUCCAUUAUAAUGAGUUGUUUGGAGAAGUCUGCUUCAAAUGUAAUCAUGGAAUUAUAGGUGGCGAAGCUGUUAAUGCCUUGGAGAAGUUCUGGUGUGACAAUCACUUCACUUGCUUUGGUUGCGAUACUCAGCUUACAUUGAGGAGUAAAUUCCACGAGUUGGACAUGAAACCACUGUGCAGGAAAUGUUACGAGAAGAUGCCUCUGGAAAUGAAGAAACGUCUCCGUCGUGCUGAACUUGGUCAGCCCAACCCCCCGUCUACGAAGUCUAGCAAGAAGAGCAAAGAUAAAGACAAAGAUAAGGACAAAGAUUAGAGACUUGAAGAAUGGUCGAGAAUAAUGUGCAAUAUAUAAAAAGGUACAUAUCUGAGGUUAGAUGGAAAUUAAGGACUACUUCAAUAUAGUAACAUUUUUUUAGAUUUUUGAGUAUAAACGAAUAUCGGAAAUUUUUUCGGGGAUAGCAACUGUCUGCUAUAGAUGGUCUUCACGUGAUGUCAGAGCGGCCAUAUUGGUGUGCAUUU